CUCAGAAAACCCCAAUAGAUUAUUUAGCCCAAACCAAGGUCCAAUUUUUCUCUGCAAAACUCAAAUAACCAGUAGCUGAUAAAACUCAAGUAAAAAUGGCGGAUCAGGUGAGAGAGCCGAUAAGAUCAGCAUCCGAGGAGAUUACGACAGAGUUUCAAACCCUAGUAGAUUCUCAGGAUUUGGAUUCUAUCAAGCAAUCACAGAACCUCAUAUUGGGAAGAUUGCAGGAUAGUAAUGCAGUAUUAUCCCACUUUAAUGAUUAUUCAGAGAAUUGCUUUGCGGAUGUGUCUGCUGAUUUUUCGAAAAAUACACGCCUCUUGCGAACAAUGAAAUCUGACCUUGAUUACAUCUUUCAAAAGCUCAGGAGUAUGAAGGGAAAGAUUGUGGCGACGUAUCCGGAUGCUUUUCCUGAUAAUUUAACAAUUGAGGCACUCGAACAAAGACCAGACCUCGAGUUGGCCAAGUGAUUGUACGUGUUUAAACUUUUGUGUAUUAUAACAUGGCUCUCUGUUUGCAAGCAACUAUGUGAUUUUGAAUGUGUGCAAUAUAAAGGUUGGGAUUUGGUAGUUGUAAAUUCAACCAUUGAACUGGAUGUGAAUGAAUUAAGAUUUGAACAUUGUAAAUCGAAACCAGAGUGACAACAUUUUUUCUUCUGAAUCGGAUGUUGUUUGGUUG